AUGGCUCAAUACUAUCCCCAGCAGCAGCAACAGCAAGGCUACCCGCCCCAGGCUGGCGCCCAGAAUCUCCAGUUCUUCCCCUCUUCCUACGGCUCAGUAUCCGGCCACACAACCCCUUCACAAGCAUCCUACGGCGCAGGCUUUGGUGGUGCUCCCAAUCCAUCUGCACAGGCCUAUCCCAGUGGUGGAUAUGGUGGAUUUGGGUCUCCUUCCGGUGGUGUGAGCGGGCGGAUGGGUGAACAGGGCGGAUUGCGGACGGGUUGGUUGGCUGCAUUUGGCACAGAGGGCUAUGAUGGCGAGCCUCCUCUAUUAGAGGAAUUAGGUGUUAACUUUGAGCAUAUUCGGACUAAGACUCUGACUGUCCUCAAUCCUUUCGCUUCCAUUGACAACCACCUUAUGGACGAUAGCGACCUUUACGGCGCAUUACUUUACAUCGUCUUGUACGGCACGUUCCUCCUCCUCUCAGGAAAGGUCUUUUACGGAUAUAUCUACGGCGUCGCCGUCUUUGGAACCGUUGCCUUGCACCUCAUCUUGAGUCUCAUGUCUCCAGUCCUCGAUACGGCUCCUACCCCGAACGCCGCCGACCCAACAAACUACAACCCUCACCACAAACCUUCUAUGUCCAGCGCCUCGGCCGCCGGUCACUUCUCUGCCACUCUCACUUUCCCGCGUUCCGCUAGCGUCUUGGGCUACUGCUUCUUGCCGCUCGUGUUGACCGCACUUAUCGGUAUUCUCCUCCCCAUGGAUACCUUGUUCGGCUACCUUUUGACAACCGCGGCGGUUGGCUGGUGCACCUACAGCUCCUCGGGGAUGUUCUGUUCCGUGGCUCGUAUGAGCGGUAUGCGGGGUCUGGUUGCUUAUCCGCUGGCUUUGUUCUACGUUGUCUUCGGUAUUAUGGGUAUUUUCUCUUCUCGGGGCACAGGCACUCUUGCAGCCAAGACUGGUGCUGCUUAA